GCAUGGUCUGUGUUCAAUUCAGGUCCUCUUCACAUUGCCAUCGGCAACUGGUUGCUCUUCCAUAUUCCAAUGUGCCGUUAGAGACGACAGGCAAUUCAAGAUGGCGGCAUCACUGGGUAUUGCGCCGCUGCGUUCGAGGCUUGUCUUUGGUCUCGACAAAUUCAUCAGCAACGGUCCCAUUUGCCGACGCUGUCUGCACCAGAAACCAGCCAUCCCGAAAGCCUACACGUCUGUACGACAAACACCAUUUCUUUCAGCUUUUCGACAGCGCACGUUAUCUACGUUCACCAGAAAUCAGAGCUCUGCGAUAGCUUCUACACCAUCUGCAUCGUCGACAUCGCCACUUGGCGCAUUGGCGCAGGACAUCGCAUCAAAGACGAAAUCAAAUCCCUCCCGGGCAUCCUCAUGGCCGGAGACCAAUUCGAAAUCAGUGGCUUAUUGGCUGCUCGGCUCUGCGGCUAGCGUGUUUGGAAUUGUUAUUUUCGGAGGACUCACGCGGCUCACAGAGUCGGGUUUGAGUAUCACAGAAUGGAGGCCCGUGACGGGUUCAUUCCCACCACUCAGCGAGCAGAUCUGGGAAGAGGAGUUUGCGCGAUACAAGCUCAGCCCAGAGUUCAAGAUGCUGAACAGUCGCAUGAAUCUGGAUGAGUUCAAACAAAUAUACUUCAUGGAGUGGGCACACCGGCUGUGGGGUCGAGUGAUCGGAAUCACCUUUCUCAUGCCAACAGCUUACUUCAUCGCAAGGCGACGUGUCACGCCGGUAAUGGCUCGGCGACUCGUUGGAAUCUGUGGUCUCAUCUGCUUUCAGGGCGUGAUUGGAUGGUGGAUGGUAAAGAGUGGUCUCAAGGAUGAUUUGUUCGAACAAGGCAAGCAUCCUCGUGUCAGUCAGUACCGCCUGGCUGCCCAUCUCGGCACAGCGUUCAUUGCAUAUCUUACAAUGCUCACAAAUGGCCUGCACAUUCUACGCGAGAAUCACCUGGUCAAGAAUCCGAUCGAGGGUGCAAAGCUGCUAGAGACUUUGCGAAGCCCUCAACUUCGGCCAUUUAAGCGCUUGUUGGUUGGUCUCUCCGGUCUGGUGUUCAUCACAGCCAUGUCUGGCGCACUCGUCGCUGGCCUUGAUGCCGGUCUGAUCUACAACGACUUCCCCUGGAUGGGCCAGGGUCUGCUCCCACCGAAGCGCGAGAUGUUUGACCCGUUCUACUCCCACACCGAAGACCAACGAGAUCUAUACUGGCGCAACGCUCUGGAGAAUCCCGUCCUGGUUCAGCUUGACCACCGGAUCCUUGCUACAACGACGUUCACCGCUAUCAUUGCUUUGUGGGCGUAUUCGCGCUUCAGCCCUGCUGUCCGCUCAGCGCUGCCUAAAGCUGCACGUGGUGGCAUGAUGGGUGUUGUGCAUCUGGCAUGUCUGCAGGUUGCACUUGGUAUCACGACGUUGUGGUACUUAGUGCCAACACCUCUAGCGGCAGCGCACCAGGCUGGUGCGUUGGCAUUGUUGACGGGUGUCUUCGCGUUGGGUAACCGGGUGUGGGUGCCUAAGCGAACAUUACGGUUGGUGCAGCAGGCUGUAUCGUCGGCGAAGACAUCGAAGCCGGUUGUCGGUUAUACACCACUGGUCAAACAUGUGUGAUACUAUUUUGGUCAUUUCGAUCAUUCGUUGUAUAUUUACAAUCAACCUUGAGAAGUUGACACUAUCAUUAGAAGUAUGGCUUUACUAUGUGAGCACAGCUGCUCGCAUAAUGCGCGGCAUCGAGUCGUCUGUGCAAUCCCAGGUAAUGGACUUCCUUCCUCCAGUAACAUCGUGUUCGUUGAAUAAAUUGAUCACAACAAGUCAUGAUCAAUAGCGAGUCAUCGUCCCGCCAACACAUUAUGGUAGCGAUCGAUUGCACGAGCGCGUGUUCUGGCUUCUUUCGGCUUCGCGCCUCUCUAUGAGGUGGACAUGAGCGGUUUGGCGAGCGCUCCGAAAUCCAUACACCCCC